AUGGCGAAGGCUAAGAGCAAGAAUACAGUGGUCAAGCUGCUGUCUACAGCUUUGACGGGGGUUUGCAGACACAUUACAGUUACUAGAGGUGCGCCGAUAGUCACACAAGUUAGAUAUGAUCCUGUUGCGAAGCGUCAUGUGUUGUUCAAAGAGGCCAAGAAGAGGAAAGUGGCUGAACGGAGGCCUUUAGAUUUCCUGCGGACUUCUAAAUGA